ACAAGUCAUCUAUAUUUCAAGAUCUCUCAAAGCCUGUUGGAGCACAUGAUACAAAACGAUUUGAGGUAUUUGAAUAUGGUUGAGUUGCAGGCUAGGGAUCCAAAUGCAGAUUUAGCACAUUUCUUUGAUGUGAUAGGAGGGAGUGGCACUAGUGCACUCAUAACAGCUUUGUUAGCCACACCAAGCCCUCAUGAUCCUACUCGUGCUGCCUUUACUCCUGCACAAAUUGUAGACUUCUACAAACAAAAUGGCCCUCAUGUAUUCAAUUCAUCUAGAUACGCAAUUUGACGAGGAGUUUUUACACAACAUAACUCGUGAACUGUUGAAGGACACACGACUUAGUCAAACACU